CUUUUUACAUAUACGUUUGAGAGAUACGAAUAAAUAAACAGGAAAUCCUGAAAUUUUUUGAAAACAAGAUUCCGUCGUGACAGCAUCAAACGACGUCGUAGGUUGAAGCCGGAGGUAGGGUAAUGGAAUCGGAAGUGGAAAAGAAGGGUGGCGAGGAAGUGAUGAGCGAGGUCCACCUGGGUUGCCCACCCGAUUUCACCGGAUCCUAUAUUUCCCUUUUCACCGUUUCAUUUUCCGAUGUUUCUCGCACCACACACCUUCAUCCUUCGCAGCACAAUCCUUUACACGCUAACAAGCUUCAGUUCGAUCAAGAUGGUGACCUUCUUCUCCCUCGACGACGCUCCACACAUACCCCAUUUUCAUGUAAUAGCUUUAGUGUCAGAAUCCAGCACAACAUCACAUCGACAAUUCCAAAUGUUGGCCUGCAGGUUUGGAAAGCGGAACUAGUAUUGUCAGAUUUUAUAUUGCAUAAAGAAUCAUGCUCCUCUGAACUUCAGGGAGUUAUUGCAUUAGAACUUGGCGCUGGAACUGGCUUGGUGGGCUUAUUACUAGCACGUGUUGCGAAUACAGUGUUCCUUACAGACUAUGGGACUGAAAUACUUGACAACUGUGCAAAAAAUGUUCAGCUUAAUUUUGGAUUAUUGAAUUAUCAAGCCAAAAUUCAUGUACGCGAACUUGAUUGGUUUAAUAGCUGGCCUCCAAAAGCAAAAAUAGAAGAGGCUCCUGGCGCUCAAAAGUAUUCUUGGACUUCUAAAGAAAUUGAAGAAGUAGAGAAUGCUUCUUUGCUGGUGGCUGCUGAUGUUAUUUAUAGUGAUGAGCUGACUGAUGCAUUUUUCAGUACGUUAGAGAGAUUAAUGUCAAGGGGUUCGACGAAGGUAUAAUGUUAACGGAAUAGAAGAAAGAAAGAGAGGGAAGUGGCCGAGAAGUGUGGAGUAUGGGUGGGGAAUGUUGCAAUCAUGAUCUGUUUGAGCUCCCCUUCUAUGCUAUCAUGUAUUCAAUAUUAGUUAUUUGACCUCAUUUAUUUGUAGGUGUUAUACAUGGCGCUGGAAAAGCGCUACAACUUCUCUCUUUCAGACCUUGAUGUUGUUGCGAAUGGAUAUUCACAUUUUCGAAGCUAUCUUAGGGAUGAGGAUGAAAUUGAAAGUCUUGAGUCUUUAAGCACGUCUAAUUUUGUUGGG